GGUUUGCUGAUGUCCUCCAUGUCUUUUUCCAUGACCAGCUCCUUCAUGCUUUUGACGCUGCCCUCCUCCUCUCAUUCAGCCCAUUCAACUCUCGUGCCUUCGUCCUUCGAUGCCUCCAUCCACCUCUCCUCCGAUCCGGUUUGGGCUAUUUCGCCACCGUGCAAGGAACCUAGAUCCGGGUUCCAUCGCCGCCGCGGGAGGAACCCAAAUCUCUGGGCUCUCCCAUUGCUCUCCGCACGCGUUCUUUGCCUAGAUCCAUCUUUAACUUUUUAUGUUUUUUGCAAUUUUAUCAUCUAUUGUUUGUUUUAUGUUACCCGAUUGAAUUGCAUUAGUGUUUUAUUCUGCUUCCUCUGUUUUGUGUUUGUGGCUGCUCAGAGGAUAACGCCUAAUGUCAUUAUGUUUUUACCUCGGAAUGUUAACCUAAGCCAAGUUGAGGAACUUUCAUGGUUGUCUUCUCCUCCUUUGAUGCUUGAGAUUGAAGAAAACUACUUGGAAGGCUAUUUCAAGGGAACAACUGUCUACUUUGGCACUUCUGCACACAGGAUAAAUCAUUUAAGUCCCCAUGAUUCACUGGAAAUUCAUGACUCCAUGUCUAACAACAAAGCAACUCCAGAGUCCAAACCUGCACCUGUUGAAGUUGAGGCACCAUCCCAAAGAUUGGUUACUUCAGUCUUGAAAUACCUAACCUCUUCAUGAUUUUGUUGACCAUGUGAAUAGUUUUGCAAAAGAUGAAUCUGUUCUAACUCCGCGGCAAUUUCUAUCAUCUUUGGCCACUUUCGACCACUCAAGUUCAAGCAUCGAUAUGCAAGUUUAGCAACCUUUGUUAUCUCUUCAUGUGCAGAACUCUCCCUUAAUUGAGCAUCAAGUCAAGAAUAUUAAAGAGACUAUUCUCAU